CAAGCUUGAUGUUUAAAAUGGCGAUGUCCACAACAAGCAAAAUUCAUAUUAUUGCAAUUUAGAUUAAUGUUUACGUGCAUUAUCAAAAUAUGGCAAUUUAUGAGGCAAUCUGUAUGAGAAUAAGCAUGUUACUCAAAAUGUCAUCAUAAAAGCUGAUUCAACUGAACAAAGCAAGCCAUGGACAGCGAUGAAGAGAGAGAUAUGGACCUGGACCUUAGCCUGGAUCAUGCUAACAGUGACCAUGGAGACUCCAGCCAGCAGGAUAAACAAACCUCUGCCAUAUCCUCUUUGACUGGGUUUUUAUUUGGCAACAUUGAUGAAAAGGGUGAAUUGGAGGAAGAUUUUUUGGAUGAGGAAUCCAAACGUCACCUGGGCUCACUAACACAGCUAGGUAUAGGGUCCAUGGUGCAGGAGAUCACAGAAGGUGGGGGUGGAGACUUGGGCUCUGGACAAGCAGAUGAAGACUUUAACAGAAAAUCACCAUCUGCUAUUGAUUAUUCUGACAUCAUCGAAACUGCAGAUGAAGAUAUUGAUCUGAAAUUAGUUGGUGACUUUAAAGAUGAUGCCAAUGAAGACACGGCCGAUGACGAUGAUAGGAAGUUGAUGCCACCACCAUCAUGGCUACCCUGUCCCACUCAGCCAAUCAGUGUCUCUACAGAUGGUGGCACUAGCUCAGGUCAUCAAACAUCAGUAGCAAAAUUUUCUACUGAUGAGCAAACAUCUCCAUCAUCAUUAAGCCCAGGCAAGAAGCUCAACACACCAUUGGCGGACAUGAUGCCUCCAGAACUGGCUAAUGUUGAUGUCACCAUGUUGUUCCCUGAGUUCAGGCAUGGUCAGGUGUUGAGGUUUUCUAGGCUGUUUAAAGCAGCCCACAUGCCCCAUGUCUGGAGGAAAAAGCGCAAGAGAAAAGACGAUGACGAGGAGAAGAAAAAAGCUGAAAGUAAAAAGAAAGAAAAAGAGGAGAGUGAGAAGAAAAAGUCUGACUCUGCUGACAAGGAAAAUGAAAGCACUGACAAUGUGCAGAAGGUUGGGGUUAAGAAAGAAAUGGAUGAGAGCAGCAAGGCUGAAAAGAUGGAUGACAGUGAUGAUGGUUACGAGGCUGGGGAAGAGGAUGAGUUGGAUCUUAAGAUCAACCUUGGAAGGAGCCCCAAGAAAGAAGAGCUGACAGAUGAUGAUGAGGAACUGCUCAAAAGGCCAACAGAUCGCUCCAUGUCAAGAAAUCAAUCAGGUCCAAAUGAGAGUGACCAUGACACAGAUGUGGCACCAUGGCGCUAUGGACCUGCCCAGUACUGGUAUGAUUACCUGGGGGUGGAUGAGACUGGACGAGACUUUCACUAUGACUUUAAACUCAAACCAGAGGAGGCAAAGAAAAGAGAGGAGGAAGAGGCAGAGAGGAUUGACAAAAACCUGGACUAUGACCGUUAUCUGAUGGUCACCCAGCAGAGGUGGGAGGAUAAAAUUAUCUGGGAUGGAGAGAAGUCCAAGCAGAAAGUUCUAGAAGAGCACAAGAAGAAUGCUGAGUUUGCUGGCUGGGUACCAAGUACAAACAACAGGACGUUUGCUCAGUCUCGGUCACAGUCAGGUUUUUUACAGAGAUCAAAGUCCAUCAUUGCUAAGCCAGAUUCUGAAAUGGGCAGAGAUUCCGAGUGGUUCUCAAUUUUUCCUGUAGAGAAUGAAGCCUUGAUCUACAAGAAUUGGGAGGAUGACAUCAUAUGGGAUGCAGAGAACAUGGACUCUAUACCUAGCCCCAAGGUGCUGACCCUUGACCCUAAUGAUGAAAACAUCAUCCUGGAGAUACCAGAUGACAUUGACCCCAACCAGCAGACAGAACAGGGGACUGGCACAAAGAAGGAGAAGGAAUCUCUUCGCAAGAGCAAAAUAUUGUUGGGUAAAGCUGGAAUUUUGAAGGAUGGAAAUGGAGAUAAGGAAGAGGUUCCUAACGCUGUUAAUGCUAAAGACUUGUUUAACCUAUCCAAUGAUGAAUACUACAGCCCUAAACAGAUGGACAAUGCCUUACGUCCCAACAUUGGUAGCUCUGUUAUACAGCACUCCACCCCAGCGGCUGAACUACGGCAGCCAUUUUUCCCCACUCACCUGGGCCCAAAUAAGCUGAGAACUUUCCAUAGGCAGCCAUUUAAGAAAUAUUCCCACGGUCGCUUGUCCACAUUUGAACCUCAUCCUGUGGACAGCCUCAACAAAGUCAUCAAGAGAAAAGCCAAGAUCAGAGAUCAAGAGAGACAAGCGUUUGGUGGUGGAGAAAUAUUUUUCAUGAGAACACCUCAAGAUCUAACCGGAAUGGACGGUGAGCUAAUUUUGGCUGAGUAUUCUGAAGAGUUUCCUCCCUUACUGAUGCAAGUUGGCAUGGCUUCCAAGAUUAAAAAUUAUUACAAAAGGAAACCUGGCAAAGACACAAAUCCACCGACUUACAAGUACGGAGAACUGGCCUAUGCACACACUUCACCAUUUAUUGGUGCUUUAAAACCUGGCAACUGCCUUCAAGCCUUGGAGAACAACAUGUUCCGGUCACCCUUAUAUGAACACAAUGUCCCACAAACAGACUUUUUGGUCAUUCGCACGAGACAAGGGUAUUACAUCAGAGAUGUUGAAACCAUCUACACAGUUGGUCAAGAAGGUCCUUUGAUGGAGGUCCCAGGUCCUAAUUCUAAAAGGGCAAAUAACUUCGUCAGAGAUUUCCUACAAGUUUUCAUUUACCGACUGUUCUGGAAGAGCAAAGACGAGCCUCGGCGAAUAAAGAUGGAAGACAUAAAAAAAGCUUUUUCCUCUCACUCUGAGAGCAGUAUCAGAAAGAGGCUGAAGCUGUGUGCAGAUUUUAAACGUACUGGCAUGGACUCCAACUGGUGGGUCCUGAAGCCAGAUUUCAGGCUGCCUACAGAGGAGGAGAUCAGGGCCAUGGUGUCACCAGAGCAGUGUUGUGGCUGGUACAGUAUGAUCACAGCAGAGCAGAGGUUAAAGGAUGCUGGUUAUGGAGAGAAGUCGCUGUUUUCAGUUGAGGAAGAGAAUGAGGAGGAUACACAGACUAAAAUAGAUGAUGAAAUCCGCGCUGCUCCAUGGAACACCACCAGGGCCUAUAUUGCUGCCAUGAAAGGAAAAUGCCUGCUUCAGCUGAAUGGUCUGGCUGACCCUACUGGCUGUGGUGAAGGCUUCUCUUACAUUAAGGUCCCCAAUAAGCCAACUACCAAGGAGGAAGCUAAGGAAACACCUGUGAAAAAGACUGUGACAGGUACAGAUGCUGACCUGAGGAGACUUAACCUGCAGGAUGCCAAACAGCUGCUGCGCAAGUUUGGUGUUCAUGAAUCAGAGAUAAAAAAACUUUCACGCUGGGAAGUAAUUGAUGUGGUGAGGACUAUGUCUACAGAACAGGCCAAACAAGGCCAGGAUACUACAGGUUGGGUAAAGUUUGCCCGUGGGAACCGCUACUCUGCUGCAGAGCACAUGGAGAGGUACAAGGAUGAAUGUCAGAGAAUUUUUGAGCUGCAGAACAGCGUUUUGGCAUCCACAGAAACUUUAUCCACUGAUGAGGAGUCGACAUCCGGUGAAGAUUCGGAUUUUGAGGAGAUGGGCAAAAACAUUGAGAGCAUGUUAUCCAACAAGAAGACUAGCACACAGUUGUCAAGGGAAAAAGAGGAAGCAGAGAGACGAGAACUACAGAGGAUGUUGAAAGGGGACAUGGGUGACAGCAAGGAUAAGAAAAAGUCAGGAGCUGGGGGGAGCAAGGAGGACGACCUCAUGCACCAUCGUGGAAGAAAGCUGAAAAUAGUCAGGACAUUCCAUGAUGAUACAGGCAGACAGUACCAGAGGUCUGAGAUGGUCAGCAACCCUGUGGUCAUUGAUGCUUAUCUGAGAAUACGUCAAACUCGAGACCCCAACUUCAUUAAACAAUUUGCUGCCAUGGAUGACCAGCAGAAGGAGGAGAUGAGGAAGGAGAGGAGGAGGAUACAGGAGCAGUUGAGGAGGAUCAAGAGGAACCAGGAGAAGCCUUUCUCCACCCCACCCCCCAAGAAAAAACCCAAGAAGGAAAAGGAACAGCUUCUCAAGAAUUCCAAGAUGAAGUGCGGAGCCUGUGGCCAGAUUGGGCACAUGCGAACCAACAAGGAAUGUCCUAUGUACAACACCAGGGGAGCAGGGGCUGGGUCUCUGCAGGUGGCCAUGACGGAAGAGCAGGAGGAGGAGGAGGAGAAGAACGUGCCUGUGGACCAGGAUCUCAUCAAUGUUGAGGGCACCAAGAUCAUCAUGUCCAAAACUCUCCUGGAACACGCUGAAAGCAUACGCCGCAAAUCUCUGGUGCUUAAGGUACCCAAGCAGGCAGUAGAAACCAAGAAAAAGCGCAGGGUCAGCAAUAUUGUACACUGUGACUACCUCAAGAAGCCAAAACAGUCUUCAAACAGACGACGUACAGAUCCACUGGUUACUUUGUCGUCUAUCUUUGAAACCAUCCUCAAUGAACUCAGGAGUAUGCCAGAUAUCCAGCUGUUUCUGUUUCCUGUCAAUCAAAAAGAAGUGCCUGAUUAUUACCGCAUCGUUAAACGUCCAAUGGACAUGCAGACCAUGAGAGAGAAUGUCAGACAGAAGAAGUACAGGUCAAGAGAAGACUUCCUGUUGGACUUAAACCAAAUCAUUGAGAACAGCAAGAUUUAUAAUGGUCCAGCUCACCUGCUGACACUGAAUGCACAAGCCAUGUUGACUCUGUGUUUCCAGAGGUUUGCUGAGAAAGAACAGAAACUGAUGCGUCUGGAGAAAGCCAUCAACCCACUGCUGGAUGACAAUGACCAAGUGGCGUUGUCUUACAUCUUUGAGAAAAUUGUCCUCUCUAUGAAAGGCAUGGAAACUUCCUGGCCCUUCCACCAGCCUGUCAACAGGAAAACUGUCAAAGACUAUUACACUGUCAUCAAGCGUCCCAUGGACUUGUCUACGCUCCUUAAGAAUGUCCAGUCCCACAAGUACCAGAGCAAAGACCAGUUUGUGGAAGAUGCUGAGCUCCUGUACACCAACAGUCUGCAGUACAAUGGCCCAGAGCAUGCGUUCACUAGCACGGCUCGUAAGCUGAUGGAGGUCUUGAAGGAUGAACUCAAUGAGAAAGAAGAGCAGAUUGCCCAACUUGAGGCAGAGAUCAGUGCAGCACAGGAGGCGGCGCUAGAUGCCGCUGACACUGACAGCAUGACAGGGACGUCUAUCAACAGAGAUGACGGCAGCAUCUUGGACACUGAAAGUAUGGAUGGGUUCAGUGGUGGGACCAAGGACCACAUGACCAUAGCUGAGGAUGACAACAACUCUGCCAUGAGAUCUUUUGCUGGGGAGUUCACUAAAAACACCCAGCAGGCUUCAGAUUCUGAGUUUGUGGACAUUGAAGGGGAUGAGGAGGCAGCAUCACGCAAUCAGGCAAACAGAGAGAACUAUGGAGAGGAUGGUGAGGAUGAUGACCUGGCUAAAGACCUUCAGUUGUCUGAUGGGGAGGAGGAGGAUGAUGAUGAAGAUAACAGUAUAGGAGACAUGAAUGAAUCUGGUGAUGGUCAGCAGAUGGACGAGGAGGUCGGGGGUUAUGACGAGAAUGCUCGAUCAUACUUUGACAAUCAGGGAGAAGAAAUGGUUGAAGGUGAAACAUAUGGUGCAGGGCAGUUUGAGGAAGAAGGGGACAGCUUUGAUCCCAGCGAGUUUUUCAAGAACAGCACGCUGGCCUCCGCACAGGCCCAGGCUCAAGCUGAGGGUGGGGUGGACAUCAACGAUGACCUGCAGAUUUCAGACGACAGCGACGACGACAGGAAGGCUGAUGCCAGGGAGCAGGAGGAGGAAGAGGAGGAACCCUAUCCCAUGAUUCCAACGGAGAAUCAGGCCACGGAGGGAUUUGACAUUAAUGAAUAUUUGUGAUACACUGGCUAAAUGGGAUAAGAUGAUAGCGUGCUUGUGGUUUUAUGGAUUUGUCAGUAUGAGUAAGCUUAUUGUGUGCUUGAUUGGUUCUGCCUAAAGUUGAUUGUGCGUGUUUGCUUGGUUCUACCUAAAGUUGAUUGUGUGUGCUUGUAUGAUUCUGCCUUAAGUUGAUUGUGCAUGUUUGCUUGAUUCUACCUAAAGUUGAUUGUGUGUGCUUGCUUGAUUCUGUCUAAAGGUGACUGUCUGAAUCUCCCUCAAGCUGAUUGUGUGUGCUCAUUAUUUACAUAAAGUGAAACAUUCAAAGUUUAAUAUGUUUAUAAUUAUAAUUAUAUACAAACUCCAUGUUAAUAUGUUAAUACAUAUCUGUAUGAUUUAUAUUUAAUGUUAUCAUUGUUUCACCUUCUAAAUAUCAUUAGUGUGAUUGGCACCAUUUUAAAUUCUGUAUCUAGUAUCGAUGUAGGGAGAAGUUUAGCAUUAACUUAGAUGCUAUCCUAAUCCAUGAAAUGUUUUCAUGAGGAAAUGAAAUGUUUUGUUGAAAACGUGUAACAUGUAACCAGCUAUUUUUUCUACUUGAAGUUAAUGUACCAUUUUUUACAUUAGAAAAACAAUUUCUAUCUUUCCCAUAUUGGGAUUGUUGUUUUAGAAAAUGUAAAAAUGUUUGUCUCUUUUAAAUGAUAUAUACCCGAAAUAACAGUGCUUUUAUUUUUAAUGUACAGUGUAAAGAAUUUGUGAAAACAUGAAGACUUCAUUGAAGUUUAAUAUAGACAAACAAUGUAAAA